AUGUAUAUCGUGAUUGAUAUCAUCAUCGCCGUUAUCGUCCCUUGUUUCGUUUGUUCUAUUUUGGUUGUUAUUUCGGAUUGCUCCAAAUGGGAUCGUUUGUCUGCUGUGCAAUUCGGCAUAGCGAGUUGUCUGGUCGGAAUAAAUAUAGUCCUCUUUGUCCAUCACUCAACACCUACGGUGGACGGAUUGAUGACUGCCGAUUUGGCAUUUCUGGUCAACGGGACCUUUUUUCAAGUUGUUUUUUGGGUUUCUGAAUGUUGGGACUUUGAGAGUAAAUCCUGGUCCUACGGGACUCUUGUAGUGGGAUUGGUCAGUGAUAGUUUGGCGAUAGCCAAUACGUCAUGUGCCAUCAGAAACAGCGGAUGGACCCGUGGAAAUAUGUUCGCCUUUUCGCUGUGCUGUUUGGAUCUUAGUUUGCCCAUAAUUUUGCUUAUGUAUGAAUUGUGCCGAACCGAGGCGUGGCCUCGUAUCACGAGCCUUCGGACAGAUAAGAGGAAGAAGAUGAAGCAUUCGAGAAAACCAUCAACCGGAUCACCAUGA